AUGGCCAUGUACGGUUCUAAUGCCGCCCCCUACCCCAGCCCACACGCGAGUCCUAUGAUGCAGCAGCCGCAACUGCAGCCCUACAGCCCGCCGAGCGGUCAGAUCCAGCCGGGGCAGAUAACCUAUACGACGACGUCGACGCCUGAUGGCAGGAUCACUUACCAUCCGUUCAAAGCUGUGCCUGCCAGUUAUCAAACCGCGAACGGGGUAGUCAGCGGUAUCCAAUGGAUCCCUGCGGAAGCAACCAGUGUAUUGCCUGCCGGAGCUCAGCCAGCUAGUGCCGAUUUUGCUGCAUCAUGGAACCGACCUGGUUCUGGAGACAAAGCCAUGAGAGAAUGGCAGAAGGAUGAAGAGAGGCGUCGCAGGCGCGAAGAGAAGGAAGCCGCGAAACGCGUUGCCCAGUGGGAAAAAGACCGCCGCGACCGUGACGGAGACCGUCAUGCCCGUGAAAAGGACGCUCGUAGUGGACGCAGACUCAGCAACUAUUCCACUGUCUCAGGACCGGGCAGUGGGCCGUACAUGCCGUAUGGUGCAGUCCAUCCAUCGGCUGUGGCUGAUCUAGAAACCCGCUUUGAAGGCGUCGAUAUUGGUCGAAGGGAUUACGACAAUCAACGUGAAAGCAAGCACAGGCGAAAGAGCGGUGUGUACGCUGAUGGGUACGCGGCAGGUGCCCCGGGUCACCCCGUAUCCUCUGGGUACACUCCUGGUGGAUUCCCAGCUGCAAAUCGUGCCUCCUCUCCCUACGCUCCUCCAGGUGCCUUUCCUCCUCCGUCCCCCAGUAGGCCGGCCGCAGAACUCGGAGGAUACGCCGGAAAUCCCGUGUACCCUGGAUAUCCGUCGUCUCCAGGACGCGUUGGUGGAGAUGCAUACCAGUCCUCAGCUGCCCCGUACCAACGUGCGGCUUCGCCCUAUCAGCGUGCAGCGUCGCCGUACCAGCGAGCAGCUUCUCCGUACCAGAGAGCAGCUUCUCCAUUCCAUGCUCCCCCUGCACCGGUCCCAAAUGCGUACCAUGAUCGCUCUAGAGCUCCGUCUCCAAUGCCCACCCCUGCUGGCCCCUACGGAGCACCCCGCUCGCGGGCACCUUCCCCGAUCCCUGGCGCUGUGGGUCCUUAUGGAGCACCUCGCUCUAGAGCUCCUUCACCGAACCCUUACGGUGGGCGCUCAAGGGCUCCGUCGCCUAUACCAGGUGCAUCUCCCGCAUUCCCUCAGCCCACCGUUGGAAGCCGUGCUCCUCCCUCUCCUCGCCCGUCACCUCGUGUGGGCGGCGGCGGCCUACCGUCUUAUGCGCAAGAACAGCCGCUUCUGACGCCCCCCGAUGGUUUCUCUCGCCCGCCAAACUUGGCGCAGUCGUACACCUGGUUCGAUAUCAUGAAGAUCCAGGACAUGGAUCUGUUCUUCGAAACGAUGCCUCGUAUGCCUUUGGUACUUGUCCCUCACGAUGUCUAUCAUGAGGAUUGGAUCAGGUUCAUGCAGGAUCUCACCCUCGCCUGGGCCGGAAAGCUGCCUACUGUUGACCCUACCCGUCACUCACAGAGACGGUCUGCCAUGACCGCCGAACUCAUUGACCUUUGGAACACCUCGUUCUUCCAGCAACGCGGGGUCGAAGUGGUGCUCUUCAAGGGUCGCGAACGCCGUUCUGGUCCGGCCAUAGGGACCAUCGAAUCUCGCCUCCCCACUUUCGACGACAGCGACUCCAUCUCUUCCUCCUCCUCGUCGAGUGAUGACUCUGACCUCUCGGGCGACGACAAGUACGGCAGGGCCGGGCCCUAUGGUCCCUAUGCCCGCCCCACUGAUCCGUACUCGGCGGAGCUCAGAGAAGCACAGCGAAGGACGCGCGAGAAGAAAUCGGAAAAGAAGCGAAGGGAGAAGGAGAAGAAGGCAAGGAGGAAGGCUCGCGAGAGGGAGAAGACUUACUCCCUCUACCUCACCUGCGUCAACCAACGAGACGGCGCACUUGGUGUGCAGUUCUAAACGUGUGGCCAACGACCACACUGUUAACGAAGGAUCGCCGGCGAUCUUUGACAAGUUUUGAAAGGCUAUCUUUUUUCUUUCUGUCCUCAAUUCUACUCGUGAUUUUGGACUGCCCUUUCUUUGUUACCCGCCUGUGAACGUUGUAAACUUUGUUUGUACCAAACAUUCCAAGCAAAGAAAGGUGGAUGUAUGUAUGUACUAUGAACCGAAUCUUUGAGUCCUCAUC